AUUUUGUCGGGAGACGUGGAAUCUAACCCGGGCCCACUGACUGUCAACGCGGAACUGAAUGCAACGAUAACAACCCUACAGUCUGUUGUUGAACAGUUGCAGACUGAGUACAAUGAGUUGGCCCAAAAGACGAAGGAAAUUUCAGAAGGGCGUUCUGGUGCGGACAAAAAAGUAUCUGAGUUAACGGAACAGCUAUGCACGCUUGAGAGAGAGCUUAGGGCCUCUCAGCCGGAUAUACAGGUUGCACAAAAUAACGAUUCAAAAUUGGAAACUGCGCAAGUUGAACUCGCUGUUCUAAAGUCGCGCUGCAAUGAUGCAGAAAAUCGUUCACGUAGAUCGAAUCUGGUAUUUUUCGGACUGGAAGAUAAAGAUAAGGAAACGUGGGCUGAAUCGGAAUCUCGCAUUAUCGAUCUUUGCGACAAAAAGAUGGGCAUAAAGAUAAAUCCGGACAAUAUUGAUAGGGCACAUCGUAUUGGAGCGUUCAACAGAGCUAAAAAAAGGCCCAUUGUAGUUAAGUUUUGUUUUUUUAAACACAAAGAAGCGGUCCUAUCUUCCGGAUACAGGCUUAAAGAUAGUGGCUUCGCUGUUAGUGAUGACUUUUCUAGGCCAGUUCAGCUGGCAAGAAGGAAACUAGUGGAAUUUGCGAAAACGCAAAACAGCCGGUUCAGGUUGCGAAUGGACCGACUGCAUAUCAACGGUCCGAUGAAGGCCACGUGGGCCGACAUGCACGACACGCUCACUAGCGAUCACACCCUCAUCAAGAUCACCCUCCACGCAGCCAACUACAAACGAUCCAAGCCCCGCACUUGCUGGCUAACUGGACAAACUUUCGUGACGAAAGCGACCCACAUGAUUCCUCCCCUUUUGCCGAUGAUAAAUCUGUCGCAUCCACAUGGGGUGGAAGAGCAACAAGUGCAACAGCCGCCUGCGCAAACGCAUCUCCCUCCUCAGUGA